AUGGCUGUGUGGGGCAGGAGCCCACUUCUGCUGGCCGUCACUCUGUGGAUGAGUUUUGGGAGAGCUGGUGAGUUCGGACUUUAUAACCACAUCAUGAAAAAAAUGUUUGUGAUGGUUUUAAAGGAGGUUGAAUGUCUAAAAUCCUCUUAAUAAUGGCCUCAGCUUAAUUACUAAUGAGAGAGAGACCCUAAUGAAGAUGAAUGUGCUUGAACAGAGGCUGUGCUGUCUUGUUGUCUAAUAGGGAGGCAAUGUGAAAAAAGGAUUUCUUUUAAACUUGUAGUUUCAAUAAAUUAUAAAAGGGCUAAACACAAUUUAAAAAAAACAAACAAACAAAAAAAAUGGUUUAUGUGUUUAUUCAGAGCGCUAUGCCUUUUAGACAUUUGUCCUCGUUCUUCUCUGUGUUACUCAGGCGGCUGAAAUGUAGCCACACGUUCCAGUUCCUGUGAAAAUAGAAGCAAACCUUGAUGGUUCUUAUGAGCUUGCGGCGAGGGGCACAGUGGCUGGUGUGUCUGUAACGCCACACUCUUUUUUUAUCCUCUAAACCACCUCUUUUACUGAGCCAGCUUUCACACACUAACACGUCUAAAACAGUCUGUUCAUCACUUUUUAAUUUCAGUUGUGCUUUUAACAGAUAUUUGAUGGACAAACUAAAAUCAAUGUAUAAAAAAUAAGGAGUUAGGUUAAUGCUUUUCCGAAUACAGUAAAGAGAGACCAUUACAACACAGUUUUUCACACAACAAAGAGCCAAUUCGUAAAGCUUUUAAACGUUCAAGUAAAGAGUCUGUUCGGUGGAGGAAACAUCAAUGUAUGGCAAAUAUGAUGAAGCUAAAAACCAUGAAUGUACUUGACAUUAUGAAGCUGCAAAUUUUACAGAAUUUAUAACUCUUUUUAUGAUCAUUUUGGGUGUCUGAAGGCUGGACUUUAACCUCUCAAAUAUAGCGGUCGUCCUCUGCUUAGUUGUCUCAAACUUCAUGUUGUUUUGAGAAAAGGAGACUUCAACUAAAUAUGCCCGUCCACAGUAUUCGACCUCCAUUCUUGAGGACUUUUGAACUUAUUUCUCACUUCUUUUCGAUGAUUGCUGGACAAAAUUCUAAGACAAAUAGUUUUUUAAAAUUACACAAUAUUUCUAGGACCAUUUUACACAAUAACAAUAAUAAUAGGAUUGAAUACCUUCAACUUUAAGCCCAGAGUUAGUGUGGCCUCUUUCCUGAGUCUGUUGUCUUCGACAUAACAGAGCAAAGAAACACUGCUACGACUGAAAGACAGGAGUUUGUUUGGUUAAAAAAUUUGUACUUUCCAUGCGCUGGUUUAGAAAUUUCAGCACUACUUAAUAACACUUGAUUAAAAAAAAGUUUUUAGCUUAACUGAGUACUUGUUUUGCUGUAUGGCAUAUAUCAGGUAAUAUCUUUGGACACGCACUUACUUUCUAUUAGUCACAUUUAAAACCGAUGUGUGUGUUAUUUUAGGUGGCUUACACAGUCUUUGCUGUUUCCUUUUGCGGGCAAGCAACUGAGAUGUACGCAGAUAUUGCAGCAUAACUUCUGUUUGACAUUUACAGCUGAAUUUGAAACUGAAUUCAAUGCACUCCUUUAACACACUGAAAAACUGUUAAUUUAUGUGUAACCCAGAGCCACAGUGAUAUUUAAAAAAAGAGGCUUGUUUUGUUUACUUAGAGACAGGAGCAUUACUCUGAUAUUAAUCUCUUGAUCGCUGGUUCAAGAGAAAUGAUUCAUUUCCUUGAAUUUAACAUCUGAGAAAUGGGAAGUUGAUGGGCAGAACAGAAACUUGCACCUCUUUCUGAGGAUUCAUUAUGGAGGAAUCCCCACAGCUUUCCUGUCUAGAAAGAAGAGGUAGAAAACAGCAGGAAAUUGAGUUUGUAUAGUUUAACCUAAAAGUUUACAUAAAAGUCACAAACUUGGCUCAUUAGGUAGAGUAUUUGUAAUGUAAUAUGCUCAAGGCUCAGCUACAUCAGUCAAAUAUGAUUUUAUAAAAAAAGUAACUUUGGAUGUUUCCUAACUGGCUUGAUUUUUUUUAAUGGCAGAAAAAAAACACUUUUAAAAAGAAAAAAAAAACAGUCAGAACACAGUGUUUCUGCUGAGUCCUGAUCUACAGGAGGCAUUUGUAAAUCAUGAAAGAAACAAUGAAAAAACUGAAGUGAGUCUGAAGACAACCAAAGGAAAUGUUGGCAUGAAUAAACUUAUCAUUAGUCUUCUCAUAUAAAUGUAACUGUUAAUUUGUCAUUAUAAUGCAGCUGGGCUCUGAAAUGUACAGAGUCUCUAAGUAAAGUGAAAGUUUUUCAUAUUCUGCACACAGAAAAUAGACUCGUGUUCUCCAAAAACACGACUAAAUAAGUGAUUUAAAAGUACAUGUGAACACAACAUAAUCAUCCUGUAGGAAAAGUUGUCAUUUUAAGGCAACAAGCUGAUUUUCUUGUUCACAAAAUAUAAUUAUCUUGCAAAUACAAAUUAUGAUCUUGUCCAUAGAUGAAAAUAUCUGGUUUGGAGCAAGUUGCAUGAAGCAUUUUGUGGAAGCUAGUUAUCUUGAGAGCACAAGAUAAUUAUGUGCACAAUACAUUUACUGAUUAAGGAAAAGCUAUUUUCUGUCCUCAGUUUUGUAUGUUGCUAGUACAAGUAUUUUGUUAUGCACAAGCUAUUAUCUUGUGUGUGAUAUUUUUUCUGGUUUUCUGGUUUGCACAGUCUAAUCUUUUGCAAACUUGUUGGUAAAGUUAUAAGUUACAAUAUGUUAUUUUGUGCAUCAGAAUUAGAAGUGACUACAAGAAAAUCAUCUUUUUAAAACUUUUUUUGAGUUUUGAAAUGACCUUUCAAUCAAGACUAUCAAUCACUCAAGGACUAACAUUAUGUCUUCCAGUAAAAACAGUUCAAAACAAGUAGAGAAAAUGAACUUAAAUAUACAUCAGACGGAUCGACAUUUGCAGAAGGUGUUACAUUCACAUGCCCCUGCAGUAACAAAAUGUGUACAUUGAGUUGCAUUUAUUUCCCAUUGCAAAAGAUUUCCCCCUUUUAAACUUUCUUCAAUAACUCAACUUGGAUAAAAUUUCAAACUAAGUUUUGCAAAAUAAUAAUGAAUCCACUCAUGCACUAUAUAAUAUGUGCAACUCUGUGUGUUCACUUAGCGUGUCUCAUCUACCGGAAGCCCUGCUCCGCUGUGCACUGAGAUCAUGUAGUCUAACUUUGUCUUAACUUACCUGAUACAAAGCUGAUGAGAAAUUUGUCACAUUGCUUUGUGAAGGCAAUAUGCACAGAGAAAAAAGCACGUGCAUGGACACAGGAAAAUUAAGUUAAAAUCUUAAACACAAAGUUUUUAGAAGAUACCACCAAAAAAUAGAUAAUAAAAAAUCAGCCCAUAUUCCUGACAGCAGCCUAAAUAUUGUUUACCUGCACCUGUUAAGAUGAAGCAAGCUCCAAGACAAACACCUGCUCAUGGUUUCAUCAUUUAUUUACAUUUUUUAAAAUGUUUUGCCUUAGUAUGACAAGCUUAAAGAAGUUUCCUUUUUGGAUAUGUGAUUCAUUAUUUUGCCCUUGACAGCCUCCUCCCGUUUUUCAGCUGCUCUCGCAGAGCCCGAGAUCUGUUACAUCCUGGAUGGUAUCCUCUUCCUGUACGGCAUCAUCCUGACAGCGCUCUACUGCAGAAUCAAGGUUUGCAUGAUACAUAUUUACUUUGACAGAGAUGCAAGUCACUUUCAAUGAAGCUUAACCUGAAGUGAAAUAUGUUAUCACUGAAACUUGAUCGGCUUCGUGGAUCACACAUUGGUGGUGAGCAGUGCCAUCUGCAAAAAAAGGGAUGUUGCACAAUCAGAAAAGAGAAAAAGAGUUUUAGACUUUGACAGAGCGUGUUAACACCAUUAGGUACAGUGUAAAAUGUUGAAUAAAGACAGUUUUCAGUUGUUUUGAGUCUUUAUUUCUGAUAUUGGUGGUAUGAUAGAACAUACUUUAUUCUGCUAGGAUCAACUGAGACUGAGAUGUAUCUUAACUUAUCAUAAUACCUAAAUGGUAUCAAGUUCUAUUGCUUGGUAUCAUAUCAAAUCAUAACAAAUUGUACCAUAAUAAACUAUAAUGUGAUGUGCUUAACUAUCUCAUACCAUAAAUUGUACAGUACAGAUCUUAUUGUGAUGUAUCAUGUUAAAUUGCAUCACAUUGUGUUACACUGACUUGUAUCAAGUCCGAGGUCACUGUAGGGUAUCUGAUUUGUUUUUAUCUUAACACAUCACAAACCAUAUACUAUUAUAUCAUCCUGUAUUAAAUAGUAUCAUGUUGUAUUUCAUUGUACCGUAACAUAUUAUAUUCUUUUGUACCAUAUGGCAUUGUAUUGUACCAUAUAUAAGCAAUUGUAAUGGAUCUUAGAGUAAUGUAUAAUGUGGUCGUUUCACUUCCUGUCCUUUUGAAUCAUAUCAGAACAUAUGGUGCUGUAUGAUAUGGUACUGUUAUGUAAUGUAUCAUGUCAUAUCGUAGCAUAUCAUAACACACUGAAAUGGAGUGGAAGGUAUCGUCAUGCAACAUACUGUAUCGCAACUUAUCAUAUGGUCCCGUAUUGUAUCACAUUGCAUCACAUUUCAUUGCAAUUCAUCACAUCUCAUCAGCCCAUGUCAUAUCAUAUCGUAUCGUAUCAUAUCAGAUCAUAUCAUAUCAUAUAUUGUGCCUUAUUGUAUCACAUCAUAUUGCAUCGCACUACAUUGUAUCGUGUCGUAUAUUGUAUCAUAUCGUAUUGUAUCUUAUUGUAUCAUAUCGUAUCGUAUCUUGUCUCUUUGUAUCAUGGCGUAUUAUAUUGCAUCACACAUUACACUGUAUCACCCUAUAAUAUAUCAUAUUGUAUUGUAUCACAACAUCCUGUAAUGCAUCAUAUGGUAUCAUAUCACAUCCUUUGAUAUCACCUUAAUCUUAAAUUAAACAUUCACACUUUUCCACUUGCUCGGCACAUUUUCAUUUUAGUUUACUGUAAGAGAAAAGUUUAUGCCAAUAUGAUCUUAGGUGAAUUGUUAAAUACCUGUAAGACUCAAGCAUUGUCACUCAUUGUCUUCUACAGAUCCAACAUGCAAAGGAGGCUGACGCUGUGAAAGGGAAGGGCAAGCUGGUAAGAAUGUGCUCAUACACACCGCAUACUUGAGACUGAAAUAGAGGCACGCUUACAGUUUACCAGAGUGAACAGGCCAGAGUGAAAAAUAACCCUCAUCAAAUUUGAACAUUAGGAAGUGGGCGAGAAAAAAUACAGAGUUCUAAUUUGAAGGCUGGUCUAAUUUUCUCUUUUUCUUGCGGUUUAUAAAAACCCUUCCUACACACGUGUCCUCUAACUUUAUUUCAUUUCUUUCAAUUACACCUCAGUGAUUCUCAAGGCUUGAGCUGAAUCUGUGGACAAGUGGGGAAAAGGUUUUCUCAGACGAAUUCUCUAUGUAAUUCUUUUUGUGUCUACGUAACUUUUUUUUGUGUUUGUGUGUGUAUGCACACAAACUAAAUUUGAACUAAAUUUCUGAAAGUCCCAGAAAAUGUUCAGGUUGGGGAACCUGUGUGAAUGCGAAUGACAGGUUUUUGAUCUCCACCAAGCAAAACGGAACUUCUGUUACCAGUCCCCAUGUAAAGUUCCUGUAAUAAGUGAGGCUGAGCUGAUGUAUAAAUAUGGCUUCUAAAAAUGAAGACAUGCAGUGUGGGCAGCAGGGCGGAUGUUUCUAUCAUGCUGUGAUGUUAGUGAUAUACUCUGCUCACCAGUGUGUCUUCUUCUGCUGAUCAGCCGAUACUGUGAAUAAGUCUGAUUACAUUAACAUGUCCAUUUACAUCUAACAUUGUGGCAGCGCUCUUCAACUGUACAAAUAUUAUGACCCAAGAAACAUUUUACCGGGACUGAACAUAUUAUAGUUUCUCAAAUUCCUACAACUUCUGACAAAUUUGGUUUUCUAUAGCCUCAUUGGGAGGUGGUGCAACAGUGAAGACAAACCAGAGCUUACCCACAGUCAAUUUGGAACUCUGCAACAGCACCAGGAACUCUUAGGGCAGGCUUCUCCCGCAGUCUUCUUGAGAUUUCGAGAAAUCUGUCAAGCCCCCAGAUGUCUUCGAAAAGCAAACAAAAGAUCCCGUCUUUUUGUUUGUUUGUUUAUUUUCAUGCUUUCAUUGGUGGUAACAGCUGGCAAAGAUCCUCCCUAGCCUCUGAACUUUUGGUUUUGAAUAACAUUUCACCAAGCGUGCAGAAUAUAUCACUUACAUCACAGCAUGAUAGAAACAUCCACCCUGCUGCCCACACUGCAAGUCUUAAUUUUUAGAAGCCAUAUUUACACAUCAGCUCAUCCUCGCGUAUUACAGGAACUUUACAUGGGGGCUGGUAGCAAAAGUUCAGUUCAGGAGGGGUUCAAAAAUCUGUCAUUCGCAUUCACACACGUAGUUCUUUUAUACUCACUUGACAAUUUGAAAACUUAAUCAGCCGUUGUACUGCUUUUCCUUUUUAGGUCUUUCAUUUCCUUUACAGCAGCCACAAACUGCACGCAGCCUAACCCACAGCGACACACAUGAAAAUACACUCUAACUUUCUUUGUCUGGUUUUUAAACUUUCUCUUCUCACAGGGUCUUUCUUUAGCUUGUAUGUCGUUUCAAACCACUGCACCUGAUUAUGUUAUUUUCUUUCCCCUGACAGAAUGCUGAGGAGGGCAUCUAUACGGUGAGUACUGAAACUUAAAAUGACUCAAAGAAGUAAAACAUAGUUUGAUAGCCUGAUUGAUAACAUGUUUCACUUCUUCACUUCAGUUUUAUUCAUCUUCCGUCUCUUUCCUCCCAGGGUUUGACCCCUCACGCUCAGGAUACAUACGAAACUAUUGGCAUGAAGAAGUGA